UAAUUUGUUCAAGUUGAAGAUAGAUAGAUGGGUAGUAUACUAGCUUUACUGGCUACUUGUUUGGGUUUGCUGGUUGUUUCAACAUCAUGGAGGAUACUGAAUUGGGUUUGGUUGAAGCCAAAGCAGCUGGAAAAGGAAUUAAGGAAGCAAGGCUUUUCUGGUAAUCGUUACCGCCUCUUGUUUGGAGACAUGAAAGAGAGUUCAAAGAUGUCAAAGGAGGCAUUUUCAAGUCCAAUUGAAAUCUCUGAUGACAUUGUGCCUCGUGUUCAGCCCUAUACUCAUCGAACUGUUAACAAAUUUGGAAAGAAAUCUUUUGUAUGGUUUGGACCUGUACCAUGCAUCAAUAUCAUGGAACCUCAUUUGAUAAAGGAAGUAAUGAUCAAAUAUGAGGAGUUUCAGAAGCCAAAUGUAAACCCUCUUGCUAAAAUGAUUGUCAAAGGGCUUGUUGCUUUAGAGGGUCAGAGAUGGGCUAAACACCGAAAAAUUGUCAACCCUGCUUUUCAUUUGGAGAAACUCAAGGCCCUUCAAGGAGAAUUCUACAUAAGCUGUAACGAAAUGGUCAGGAAAUGGGAAGAAAUGAUGUCAUCCAGUGGAUCGUGUGAGCUAGAUGUUUGGCACCAUCUUGAUAAUUUGUCUGGUGAUGUCAUCUCAAGGGCAGCAUUUGGUAGCAGCUACAAACAGGGGAAGAAGAUAUUCCAGCUGCAAAAAGAGCAAAUUACAAUCGCCAUGAAAGUACUGCACCAAGUUUACAUUCCUGGACUGAGGUUUUUGCCAACAAAGACAAAUAAGAGGAUGAAGGAAAUCAACAAUGAAAUGCGAGUUUUAAUGAACAAUGUUAUCAGUAAAAGGGAAAAUCAAAUGAAGAUGGGAGAAACUUGCAACGAUGACUUGCUGGGAAUUUUGCUGGAAUCUAGUAUGAAGGCAGUUGAAGAAGAUGGGAACAAGAUGAAUGGUGGACUAAGCAUUGAUGAGGUAGUUGAAGAGUGUAAAGAUUUUUAUCUUGCAGGGCGCGAUACAACCUCUUGCUUGCUUGUGUGGAUGAUGGUUAUGCUAGGCAACCAUUUGGACUGGCAAGCUCGCGCUAGGGAUGAGGUUCUACGCGUUUUUGGCAAUAACAAACCAGAUUUUAAUGGCUUGAACAACUUAAAAGUUAUGACAAUGAUAAUGUAUGAAGUGCUGAGGUUAUACCCACCUGUGAUUCUGAUGUACCGUAUGACCCACAAACCAACCAAAGUUGGGGAUAUUUUGCUGCCACCAGGAGUACAAAUAUGUGUACCGACAAUGCUACUACAUACAGAUCCUGAAUUAUGGGGUGAGGAUGCCACUAAGUUCAACCCACAAAGAUUUUCCCAAGGUAUAGCUAAGGUAACCAAUGGCCAAGUAAUUUACAUCCCCUUCAGUGGGGGUCCACGGGUUUGCGUUGGCCAGAACUUUGCCCUGCUUGAAGUGAAGAUGGCCUUUGCAAUCAUCUUACAACGUUACUCGUUUCAGCUGUCACCGUCUUAUUCUCAUGCACCAUUCCUUCUUACCAGCCUUCAACCUCAAUACGGUGUUCCCAUCAUCUUGCAAAAGUUAUAGAAUCAUGCACAGAAU